ACUUUGCUAAGUCCCAGCCAUUACAUUUGCAGCGGUUGAGCUCAGACGUUUCUGAGUUGAGCAGUCAUUUCGUAGAGGAUACCCAGUUGACGGUCCUCACCGACGCCGUGGGCCAAAUAGCCCCACCUACACAUUCGGUGACGGGGAAAUCGGACUCUGGGCCAUACAAAUCAGACCCGAUCAUAGGACAAUCAGACCCGAAAAUAGGACAAUCCGACGCCGUAAUCAGACCAGUCGGUGGUUCGUCUCGGAAUAUACACAACACUUCACGGGCCAAUGACUCGGUGAAUCUAGAUAUCAGCUAUUCGGAUAUCGCAAGUAGUGAGAUGACGCAGAAAAGCAGAGGGUUUUCCUCCGUGGUGGGGUCGCAAAAAAACCAAGGUUUUUCUGCCGUGGUGGGGUUAAGGCCCAGACGAACGUCUAUAAAUUCAUCCUCACCCAUAUACGAACAACAGAGUAUUCCCUUAUCUGCCGUAGCUGGCGACAGUGGUUACGUGUCAAGGACAGGUGAACAGAGUGCGAACAGCACACCACGCAAACACCCACUCGCACACCAGGUAGGCAUAUGGCAGUGCGAUAUAAGGCAGAGCGGUAUAUGGGAAGGAGUGCACACGGGAGAGGGGUCUUCACAGGCGACUCUCAGACCAGGCGGAGAUAGAGACGCGGAAAUGCACAGUACGGUUACGGUAUUAGAUUUAGAUGCAGACACACACGGUGGGAGUGAACCACACACACAUGCACACACAGACACACCCACGCAUACACCUAUACAUACACCCACACGCAUAGACACACACAUAGACACACCCACGCAUACACCCAUACAUACACCCACACGCAUAGACACACACAUAGACACACCCACACAUACACCCACGCACAUGGAUGUAUGCCUGAAUACGGAGACGCAGAUACCCGAGAACAGGGAGAGUGAGAAGGCUAAGGCUAAGGCGGGGCUGGGAGACACGGUGUUGACUAAGGGAUGUUACGAAGUCAGCAGCAGAGACGCAACCACAGCUGAUCACCGCAAGGCUACGAACAGCGGUGGUUUAUGUAGAUAUAGCGAGUCGCAAGGAGCCGGAGCUAAGAGUAGGAGUGGGAGUGGGAGUAACUUGACAGACUCGCCGCCUGUCUUUGCGUUGCGGCGGAUUGAUCUGACCGUUUGCGCGGGCGAAUUGGUGGCGGUGGUGGGCGGAGUGGGCAGUGGGAAGACUAUGUUGAUGCUGAGCAUACUCAAUGAGCUACACCGAAUCCAGGGAACGUAA